CAGCGUUUUUCUUUGUGUGCUCGAUCAAAACAGAGGGCAAAGUUAGUCAGCAAGUUGCAUAGCUUCUGCAUUCUGAUUCUUCAAGCCUCUUUUGUAUGAAGUUUAGCACAAUGUUUUACACUGUGUUUGACCUGCAUGGCGUGCUGGAGAAAACAAUGAAAGGAGCGGACAAAGCGAUUGUGGCAAAGUCCUUUGGAAAAUGGAAAAGCAGCUCUCUAAGGUCCAGGACCAUGGAGAAGCCGGAUGAGCCGUCCGAGGAGAGUAAGGAGGAGAGCCUAUCCAACUGCACCUGUGAAGCCCCCCAACUCGGCAAGAAACCAGUUGAUAAUGAAUUACACGAUCACCUCCUGAGAGAUAAGAAGUGUGAAAGCAUCAACCAGGGUGGACAGUGUGGAUCUGGCAUCUUAUCCUACAGAGCGCUUGGAAAACUACAGUCAAAGAUGGAUUCUGAAGGUGAGGAGCAAACCCUGAAACCAUGUAACAGUAGCACAGGGCUGGCCGACUGCAUCACUGAGACGCACAGCCCAUAUGGGUCCAUGGCGAGGAAGAGGAGUGCUCAGGAAGGGGUGCAGGGCGCCCCCGUCAACAAGAGAAAGUCCCUGCUGAUGAAGCCCCGCCACUACAGCCCCAGCGAGGCAUGUGAAGAGGAGAGCGAGGACCUGGCACCGCCACAGGACAAAGAAGAGCUGAGGAACAUUGACACUCCAGCAGAUGGAAACUUAAAUACAGUCAACGGAGUGGCCAACAGAAAUGGCUGCCACGAUGCAGCAGCAAAGUCCAACGAUUCGCUGGGAUGGUCAGAAGUGACCUCUGAUGGCUCUCCACAGCGUGAGCCAGACACAUCUGAACCUCUGAUGGAUGAAGAUGAGGAUGAGCUCCUUAAGAACGAAGAAGACCAAAGUCAAGAGAUGAUGAGCGGUACGUCAUCGCCACAGAGUCCAUACGGAGACAUGAGGGAAGCUGAGUGGGAGCCUCUGUCUCUGUCUGCCAAGGUGAACAGCUCGGGCUGCAGUCCCUCCAGAGCCUCUGAAGACCUUUCAGGCAGGAACGGCCACGUUAAAGAAGAGCCUCACUCGGAACUAGGUGGUCCAAUGGGUAGAGCAAGUAUUUUUCAUGCCGAGGCUUUAAGAUACAGGCCGCCACCUACGGAGGAGGACAGCGAGGGGGAGACAGAGGUGGAGAGGCCACCUCGGCUUGACGGCUGGGCGCUGGGUCUCCACGAGAGGGGCCUUGAAAUGAGCCGAGGGAGGGUUAACUUCAGCCUGUUGGAGCAGGCUAUAGCUUUGCAGACAGAGCAAAGACAGGUCCUACACCAUGCUUACAGGGAAAUGGACCGGUUCCUUAUGGAGCAGAUGACCAAUGAGAGGAGGCACCAUAGGAUGAUGGACAUGGACACCAGACUCAACUAUCAUGGAGGAAAAGAUUCCCCACGGACAGAUAAAAAGGAUAUAAAGUGUCCCACCCCUGGCUGUGAUGGCACUGGUCAUGUGACCGGCUUGUACCCACAUCACAGGAGUUUGUCUGGGUGUCCUCAUAAAGUCCGAGUUCCUCCUGAGAUCCUGGCCAUGCAUGAGAACGUCCUCAAGUGCCCUACACCCGGGUGCACAGGAAGAGGCCAUGUCAACAGUAACCGUAGCACCCACCGGAGUCUCUCAGGCUGCCCCAUCGCUGCUGCAGUGAAAGUCUCCAAACCUCAGGACGACAGCCUGAAAUGCAGACAAACACCUGACCGCUCACCGAGAGCCAUCGGCUUGAUAAAAAAGUUUGAGCUGAACCAGCUGAACUAUAGGCUCUCUCAUCCAGUAGCAGCCUUGCAAACAAGCCUCACAAAAGACAUGGACAAGUACAGCAGAAUCCGCUUUGAUUACGCCAGCUUUGAUGCACAGGUCUUCGGCAAACAGCCUCUGAUGGGGACCAACCAUGACCAGGAAAUGUCACAUUUCCCUGAUUCACCUCAGCAGUAUCCUGGCUUCCUUGGUGCUCCAGGUGGCCGCCUGCCCACCCCUGGUCAGCACAGCCCGCCGAGUCAAUUCAAAAAAGAGGAUGGUCUCCAAGCCUCAGCAGCGACCGCCGCCAUCCUUAACCUCUCCACUCGCUACAGGAAGAACAUGGAGGCUGUCGCCGGCCGGCCCUUGGCAACCUCCACAAAGGACAUGCUUAUAGAAGUGGAUGAAAAUGGCACCUUGGACUUGAGCAUGAAGAAAUGUAAGGAAAAUGUGAAAACCCACACGAAGGCACCUUCAGACGACCCGCUGUCUCCUCUCGAGUCCACUGUGGCCAAAGGCGGGAGCGUGCUCAUCAGCCCCGCCUUCUACCAGCCGCUGUGUGAGAGAGACAGCUGGGAGAGCCCCAUCCCUGUCAACUUCAGCAAAGCACAUGUUUUACAGGACAAAGAGCAGGAGGAUUACGAUCAGGUCUCCUUGGAGGACCAGCACUAUCAAGGAGACGGCAGCAUGAUAAGCCCCAAAACCAAGCUGCUAUUACGAGAUUCAAAGAAAGAGCUUUUGAGCUGUCCGACCCCAGGCUGUGACGGCAGUGGCCAUGUGACGGGGAAUUAUGCAUCACAUCGGAGUGUGUCUGGAUGUCCCCUGGCUGACAAAACACUCAAAUCACUGAUGGCAGCCAACUCUCAGGAACUAAAGUGCCCAACACCUGGUUGUGAUGGAUCUGGACACGUGACUGGGAACUAUGCUUCGCACAGAAGCUUGUCAGGAUGUCCACGUGCCAGAAAGGGAGGUUUGAAGCUCACACCAAACAAGGAUGACAAAGAUGAGCAAGAGCUUAAGUGUCCAGUGAUUGGAUGUGAUGGACAGGGCCAUAUAUCGGGAAAAUACACAUCCCACCGCAGUGCAGGCAGUUGUCCACUCGCUGCCAAAAGACAGAAGGAGUCGUCCAUCAAUGGGCUGCCCUUUGCUUGGAAGGCCAAUAAACAGGAACUACCCCAUUGUCCCUUGCCUGGCUGCAAUGGCCUCGGACAUGCCAAUAAUGUGUUUGCCACUCACAGAAGUUUGUCGGGUUGCCCACUGAACGCACAGAGCAUCAAGAAAAAACACUCCGAGGAAGAGAUGAUGACUAUCAAAUUGAAGGCCAGCAGUGGUGUUGAAAACAAAGAAGAUAUUCAACAUUUGGAUCAUGAAAUAAAAGAAUUGAAUGAAUCCAACAUGAAGAUAGAAGCAGACAUGAUGCAACUCCAAACCCAGCAGAUCUCCUCUAUGGAAUGUAACCUGAAGACAAUUGAAGAGGAGAACAAGAUGAUCGAACAGCACAACGACAGCCUUCUGAAGGAGCUCGCUUGCCUUAGCCAAGCUCUCAUUAACAGUCUAACAGACAUUCAGCUGCCUCAAAUGGGACCCAUCAGUGAGCAUAAUUUUGAAGCCUAUGUGAACACAUUAACUGAUAUGUACAACAACUCGGAGCAUGAAUACUCUCCAGAGUGCAAGGCCCUCUUGGAUAAUAUCAAACAGGCUAUUAAGGGCAUCCAUGUUUAAGCUGUAGAGCUACCAAGAGGUUUCUUUGACUUCGGAUAAUGGCACUAGAUAGCUAUAUUUUACUGAAGAGUCCUGGCUUGGCUGCAUGUAUAAGACAAGGCUUUUGGAAAUGUGUUUGGCAUUUCCCGGUAAAUACACUGCACUGAGAAAAUUACCAGCCGGAUUUGUAAUGCUUUUACUGUUUCUGCAUUCACUUGAUAUGUUUAUCCUGGUGAGAUUUUUACCCCUCUUGCACUUAAUUAUUUUGUAUGGUUUGCUUGAUUUUAAUCCGUAUGUGUUCAUGUCAUUCUUAUAUUAUCGCUAUUUAUUAUUAUAUUUGUUCAUCAGUGUAUUUAUUUCCUCAAUUUUUAUUUAUUUCUUGAAUUGUAAAUGCUUAAUAUCUGAGAAAUCUGUUUGACUUUCUGCACAUUGUAAAUUACAUAGAAGCACAUUCCAAUUUCAUGGCAUACUUUUGCCAUCUAGUGUUGAAAAACUUAUAUUAUUAUUAUUAGACCAUAAGUUGGAUCUCCCUUCAAAGUAAAAACCUACAAAAACGAUUAAGCAUCGAUAUUUUUAAGCAUUGCUUUUGCUUUCUUUAUUGGAAACUGAAUGUAUGGUAAGACAUAGUGAACACUGAGAUCAAAAAAAUGCAAUGCAACUGUACUGUACCUUUUUCUUCUCAACCAAUAACAGUUGAAUGCAACCAGGAGGUGACACUGAGCAAAAAUGCAACAACACUCAGUGAACUGAAUGUCCAAUUCUGCUUUGCAUAGUGUGCCACAAGAAGAGUGCAACAAAAAUCAAGAAUCCACUUUGUCAAGAUGUCUUUCUUUUUUUAAAUAUAGAUAUUAAACUGCCUUCUGUGCACACACUUUGGAGUGUGCAUAUAGUAUGUGCCUAAAUGUAUAUGAAUCCAUAAAAAUAUACGAGUACUAUGUUUUGUGGUAGGACAGUAUUAUGUGGAUGGUGUCUAAUUUAUUAUACAGUACAAUUAUUUUCAUAGGAGGAAAAUGUUCCUGAUGACUGUUUAAAUACCGUUGUCUCAGUAGCUGUAAUCUCAGAGUCAGGUUUUGAAGUAUCAUGACUGAGAUCGAAAAGUCUGGUGUUUAUUUUAACUUUUGCUAGCAUGGAGAGGGGAAAAAAGUAGGAGUGAAUUACAAAAAAACAUCUACUUCUGUUCUAUCUUAAACUGCUUACAAGCCUUAACAUUUCAACCAGUCUUACAGUUUGAAUAUUCUUGUAACGCUUGGGGCAGAUUUGAAUAGUAGCUAUUUCAAAACCGAGCUGACUACCACUACAACUUGCAUUUCAGUUUCGAUCACAAAAUGCAAAAAAAAGAAAAGAAAAAAAAAAAAAGAAAUGAAAACAUAGACAAAUGAUAGUUGUUGGCUAAUCAGUUGUUUGUUUGCAUCAAUUGCACUUUUGUAUUUUGAUUAUUUUGUAUUUUUAGUUCCACCACACUGCCCUUGACUUCAACAAAAAGAGAGAAAUGGGACACUGUAGUCUUAUAACCAAACUAUACAUGUCUCAAUUUCACAUGAGGCUUAUUCCAAGAAAAAAGAAUAAAAAUAACUAAUUCAUUCGAGCAAUACAUUUUUCAUUUCUGCAAAAAAGAAGUCAAAGACAUGUAGCCUAGGACACUGCGAAGAAACAAAUGUAACAGCAAAAGAGCCAAAUUACAGAAAAAAAUAAGACCCUAUUUUAUCCAAAUACUCAAUACGUUUUAAAGAAUUUUAAUCUUUUAAAAAUUGAAUCACAUUCUUUAAUCCUAACAAUCCUUUAUUUAUAAUUUCUUAUAUUUAAUUCCUAUACCACACAUCGUUUGCUCAGGAAGUUUUGUGAAUAAUAUUUUUAUUUUUUCCCUGUUAGUAUUUGAUGUUUUGUAAUGUGAAAUGCUUUUUUGUGGACCGAUAUUAGUAUGAUAUGAAAUUGUAUUGUAUUUCUUUUCUUUUACAUUAAAAUGUAAUGCUUUUUUCAGUUGAAGUAGUUUGUAAAUUGAAACUUCCUAUUACUUUUACUAUUUCAUAAUAAACAGAUAUGCGCUGUGUUGUACAGUUUGUGUAUGGUAGAAAUAAACUUUUCAAAUGGU